AAAAAAGCCCUUAAAACCCGAUUCCCAUUUCAAAAGCAGUCCAAAUACUCUCUGUCUCAACUCCAACGCCUCACUCUGCUACUCGUUAAUGGCGGUCUCUAUCUCAGUUCUCGUCCUUAUCGUUUCCUUUCACCUCAUGGCCUUCGUCCUCGCCAUCGGCGCCGAACGUCGACGUAGCACGGCGAAAGUGGUACCGGAUCAGUAUGAUGAGUCUACUUACUGUGUCUACGCUUCCGAUGCGUCGACGGCGUACGGUCUCUCUGCGUUUGGAUUGUUGCUGAUUUCUCAGACGGUUGUUAACGGUGUUACCAAGUGUCUGUGCUUUGGUAAAGGUCUUGUGAGGGGUAGGUCGAGAACUCUGUCCAUCUUCUUCUUCAUUUUCUCCUGGGUUAGCUUUCUAGGGGCCGAGGCAUGCCUACUGGCGGGAUCCACAAAAAAUGCUUACCACACUAAAUAUCGAGGCAUCUACGGUGCAGAUCUGUCUUGUGACACCCUACGCAAAGGAGUGUUUGCUGCUGGGGCCGCCUUAACAUUCUUGUCGAUGGUGGCAUCCAUUGUUUAUUAUUCAGUCCAUUCCAAGGCAGAUACGGGUGGAUGGGAGAAGCACCACAAUGAAGGAGUGGGUAUGACGUCUUCUGGUUUCCCAGAGAAUCGAAACCAUGGAAAUGCCGGUCAGUUUGAAAAGCUUUGAUUUCAUUAAGUUACAACGGCUAUAAUUUCGUUAAUAGUAUCAUAUUGUAGAAAAAGGAAAAAAAAAAAAAACACAAGAUUAUGUUAUGUUUAAGCUUUAUUAAAAUGAAAUAUGUACAACUUUUAUAUUGGUAAGUUAUUAUUAAGACGAAUU